AUGUCAGAGUAUCAAAUUCAAGAAGCUGCUAGGGAUGGGAAAAUACUUACGGUAGAGGGUUUACUUACAGAAAAUCCCAAGUUGGUGUUUUCCCAAGAUCAAGAUGGGAGGACUGCUCUCCAUUGGGCUACUUCUCUGCAACACAUUGAAAUCGUAAUGUGCAUUUUGAAACCGAGAGGAGGUAAAGAAAUUGACAUUGACGAGCUUGUAGAUUUAAGUGGUUGGACACCUUUGCAUAUUGCAGCUUCAGUUGGAAAUGAAAAAAUAUUUGAGCUUUUGAUGAACCAUGACCCCAAGCCCGAUAUAGAUUUUCAAACCAAUCAAGGUACGACGGUUUUGCAUCUUGCUUGCAGCAAGCAAAGAUAUGACAUAGCCAAAUUAGCAAUUGAGAAGUAUAAAUGUAAGACUCGUAUAAAAGAUAAAAUGGGGUAUACCCCGUUGCACAGAGCUGCUAGUGUCGGUUCAGUUAGAAUUGUAGAAUUGUUACUCAAGAGCGGAGUUAAUGUCAACGCAACAGAUUCAGAGGAUUGGACUGCAUUAAAACAUGCAGAAGCUGAAGGUUGGACUGAAGUUGUGAGUGUACUUAAGGCACACGGAGCAAUUGAAUAA